AUGGCGAUAUUCUUAAAGAAUCUUAAGAAGACGGAUUUGGAGAAACGAUUGACGAUCCCAAGCAAAUCCCUCCAUUGUUUCCCUCCUCUAAGUGACAAGCAUACGGUGGAUUUUGCGGUUAAAGACGAGGAGAGUGGCCAUGUCUGGAGGUUUCGAAUUUACACCCGUAAGAAGCGCAACAACAAUAUCCUGAAGCCGGUUCUUAGCAAGGGAUGGAGAGAGUUUGUUUGCAGCAAACAGCUGAGGGUUGGUGAUAGAGUUGCGUUUUACAGUGCGGGAGAACAAGUUGGCGCUGUCAAGUAUCGUGUCAAAGUGGAAAGACCACUUAAAAUUUUUGGUGCUUCUGUAUUUCCUUCCUAG